AGGUGCGCGGAGAGGGCGCGCCGGGAGCCAGGGCCUCCCGCCAGUGCGGGGCGCGCGGCCCGCCGAGUGCGGCGGAGGGAGGCGCGACGGGCGGCGCGGCCGGGACAGGCGCUGGGCGGCCGCCGAGCUUCGGACGCCGCCGCGUCCCCAGCGCUCCGGCCGGCCCCGCCAGGCGGCCUGCCGGGGGCGGCGCAGUUGCGAAACUGAGCAUCCAGGAGGAAGAAGAGCACCAGGAAGAAAACACACCAAAAUAUAAACAUUGCAUCUGACUUCAAGUAUUUUUUGGCAUUUCCCACAGGCAUCCCAAGCACGUUCCCAGGACACUGGCAAAACCAGGACACUUCCCAUCCAUUUCAAAGAACCGUGACUCAUCCAGAAUUUUGCAAUUAUAAAAAUCUAAAAAGGACAGAUUUUAAUGUUAGCAUAUAUUACUCUCUCCCAGCAGGGCUGACUCUUCAUUGCUUUUUGGAUGACAUGCUCCAUGGACAGGUUCUUUUACCAAGACACAUGAGCCUCAAAUAUGUGUCUUUCUUUAGCUUCUUUAGGAGGUGCCUGUGUACCUCUUCCUAGAAUACCUGUCUGGUGCUCUACUGUUCCUCAAGACUACCUCGACACUCCUUCCACUUGGGGACUCCAGUGCCAUAAGCUGACUACACAAGACUGCCUUCCCCAUAUUUCCAUAGCCAGCGACAUGACCUGACACCUUGAUGACCAGUCUCAGGGCCCUUGGGUGACUGGCUGGUUGCACCAUGGAACUUAAAGUAUGGGUGGAUGGAGUUCAGAGGAUUGUUUGUGGGGUCACCGAAGUUACAACUUGCCAGGAGGUUGUUAUAGCCUUAGCUCAAGCGAUAGGUCGAACCGGAAGGUACACUCUUAUAGAAAAAUGGAGAGAUACUGAAAGACACUUAGCACCUCAUGAAAAUCCUAUCAUAUCCUUAAACAAAUGGGGGCAGUAUGCUAGUGAUGUACAGCUAAUUUUACGUCGAACGGGGCCAUCUCUUAGUGAGCGACCCACUUCAGACAGUGUGGCUCGAAUUCCGGAGAGAACUUUAUAUAGGCAGAGUUUGCCCCCCCUGGCUAAACUGAGGCCUCAGAUUGACAAAUCAAUCAAAAGGAGAGAACCUAAAAGGAAAUCAUUAACAUUUACAGGAGGUGCCAAAGGAUUAAUGGACAUUUUUGGAAAGGGUAAAGAAACUGAAUUUAAGCAAAAGGUGCUGAAUAACUGCAAAACAACAGCAGAUGAAUUAAAGAAGCUGAUCCGGUUGCAGACAGAGAAGCUUCAAUCCAUUGAGAAAGAGCUAGAAUCAAAUGAAAUAGAAAUACAAUUUUGGGAGCAAAAAUAUAAUUCUAACCUUGAAGAGGAAAUUGUUCGCCUGGAGCAAAAGAUCAAAAGAAAUGAUGUCGAAAUUGAAGAGGAAGAAUUUUGGGAAAAUGAGUUGCAGAUUGAACAGGAAAAUGAAAAACAGCUGAAGGAUCAACUUCAAGAAAUAAGACAGAAAAUAACAGAAUGCGAGAGCAAAUUAAAGGACUAUUUGGCUCAGAUUCAGACUAUGGAAAGCGGUCUUGAAGCAGAAAAAUUACAACGGGAAGUUCAGGAGGCACAAGUCAAUGAAGAAGAGGUUAAAGGAAAGAUUGGUAAGGUCAAAGGAGAAAUUGACAUUCAAGGCCAACAGAGUGUGAGGCUGGAAAAUGGCAUUAAAGCUGUAGAAAGAUCUCUUGGACAAGCCACCAAACGAUUACAGGACAAAGAACAAGAACUGGAGCAGUUGACUAAAGAGCUGCGGCAAGUCAAUCUCCAGCAGUUUAUCCAACAGACGGGGACAAAAGUUACCGUUUUGCCAGCGGAGCCCAUUGAAGUAGAGGCCUCACAUGCAGACCUAGAAAGGGAGGCACCAUUCCAGUCCGGGUCCCUGAAGCGGCCUGGUUCAUCUCGGCAGCUCCCCAGUAAUCUUCGUAUUCUACAGAAUCCUAUCUCAUCUGGUUUUAAUCCUGAAGGCAUCUAUGUAUAACAUUAUCUGUCUUUAGGGGAGAGACCCAAUAAAGGUACCAAGGACAGUAAAAAUUCCUUCUUUGAUUUGUGCCAAUGAUGAACAGAGGAUCUAUUUCACAAGCCACCAUCUCUUUUUUCUGUCCUAAAUUGCAUACCACUUGGAGCCAUACCCUGUGCACUGAUGCUAAAGAACAAAGAAACUGUGUUUUCACACAUCGACAGUGUUGACAUGUUUGUCCAGCAGCUGUAAUGCAAAGCCUUCAUUUUUAUUUGUAGCAUUUUGAGAGCGUUAGGAAAGUAUUAUACUGUGUGUAUACGUAAAUAAAACCAUGACUUAAGAGCAAAGAGAAA